AAUGAAAUGAUAAAGGGUCCCCGAGGGGUGUCUCCUUAAUCUUAAUCCCCCUUUCCCUCACUCUCUCUCUCACUCUCUCGCUCUCCCUCUCUUUCCUGCUCGCUCGCUCACUCGUCCUCACUGAGAGCUCCUCUCCCAUCCAUCAACGCGAGCGGCUCUCCGCUGUCACCCGACAAGCAUGCAAUUAUUGGCUCUUUAAUAUUUCAACAGCUGCAAGAAUUACUCGCGCUCUCUCGGCAAUUGCUCUGCCGCCCCUUCUGCCACAUUUUGACUAAUUCUUUGGCAUGUCUCCGAGUUUUUUGUGUGUUUUUUUUUAAUCCCAGCAGGAUGUUUUUGCAAGAGCAUCAGGCGUUGAUUGCCGGCAGUAUACUUUGAGUGGGUAAAUAUUACACAAGCAGCGGCGAAAAGAGACAGAGCAUCAAGAGAAGCCUUCCAACGCAACUGUCAAAGGGUGGAGGAGGGGCCCCAGUGACAGUGGACAAUGGCUGCCAUGACGACAGUGCCCAGCUAUACCCCUUCGCUAUGGGUGCGGAUGUGUCACGCUCUCCCUCGGCUGGACCUCACCAUGCAAAUGAGGGACAACCUUUUUGCCCCGGACAGCUGGGAGUACCAGCAGACCCUGCUGGUUUUAUCCAGUUUAUCGGCCAUCGCCCUGGUUAUCUCCCUCUUGGUGAUUCUGUCCUUCCUCAUACACUACUGCUGCUGUCACCGUGGCGACCGCGGCGAGGGAUCUGAGGAGGAGGAAGAGGACGAAGACGGCAGCACGGGUCACGGCUACGGCGGCAAGAAGGGUCGAGGGAUCUGCUGCGUCACGUGGGUGGCCGUGGCGUCUGUCACGCUGUGCUGUGUUGCCAUAGGCAUCGGUUUCUAUGGCAACAGCGAGGCUAAUGAUGGGAUGUAUCAGUUGACCUCGUCGCUUCUCACAGCCAAUUACACGCUAGCUUCCAUCGAUUUGCUGAUUUCCGAUACAAUCAACGGUCUGCAGCUGUCUGUCUCGGGCCCGCUGACCACAAUGGAGGAGAUGUUUACGGGCAGCAAACCCUUCCUGGUUUCCACGCGGAACUGCCGGAGGUUAUCCGAGAACGUCAUCAGCCUCCUCUCGUCCAUCUCUGUGGCGCGGUUCGGCUUGGACGCGGGACCGGGCAAUGAUAGCGGCGUCAGCGGGGCCUCCAUUAUACCUCUGACUCCGGUGCCACCCUCAGUGGCCCCCACGGCGGCGCCCUCAGGCGGCCUCAUGCCCGGCCCCUUUUCACCUGGCUGGGCGGCCAACACAUUAAUGAUGAAUGAGGACUACAGGUGGUUGUCAUACGUCAUGCUGCUGCUGCUCGACCUCAUCGUGUGUCUCUUCAUCCUGCUCGGACUGGCCAAGCAAGCUCGAUGGCUGCUAAUUUUAAUGACUGUGCUGGCCUGGCUGGCUCUCUUCUUAAGUUGGGGCUCGCUGGGCUUGGAGACGGCCACCGUGGUGGCUCUCAGCGACUUUUGCACCGAUCCAAACUUGUUUGUGCUCAACUCCACAAACUUCAACACAGGAACCAGCUCAGACGUGCUGGAUUAUUACCUGACCUGCAGCCGACGCAUGAACAGUCCGUUCCAGCAGAUCCUCACCCAGUCCCAGAGGGCGCUGUCCAACAUCCACACACACCUUUCCAGUGUGGAACGUAACGCCCUCACACAGUUCCCCAAAGCUGAGAAAUCACUCAGGGAUGUUCAGCAGAUUCUCAACAGCACAGAGGGCAACUUCCACCAGCUGGUGGCCCUGCUCAACUGCCGAGGCCUCAACAAGGACUACAUCGACUCACUGAAAGGUCUGUGCUACGACGGGAUGGAGGGACUCCUCUACCUCUCCCUUUACUCCUUCCUUUCGGCUUUGGCCUUCACUGCCAUUCUUUGCUCUCUGCCCGGUGCCUGGAGGAGCUUUCCAAGUGAAUCGGAAGAGUACGAGGACUCGGACAGCGAGAGUGAGGACCCCUUCACCUCCCAUCAGGCACGUAGACAGACGGCCUCGGGGUCUCAGCGCGGGGCCAUGGCCCCCUUCUAUAAUUACCCGGGGGCCGGGUGGACACCCCCAUUUUCUAGCGCGCCGCCCCUCCCGACUCCAAACGUUUCCUCCAAUGGCAACCCUGGCUAUGAGAGCCUCCCCUUGACUGACAGGCAGUCCCCACCCCCCUCUUACUCUCCCAGCAUGCUGACUGGUUACGGGGGAGGUCAAUCACACCCUAACCCCACCCAUUCGAGGAACCUGUAUUCACGUUGAUAACUAAUUUUCUUUUCUUAGCAAAUGUAUAGAAGAAAAAAAACAAAUGUUUAGUUUUCAUAUGAAGGGACACUUUAAAAGGAACGGAACUUAAUCGUAAAGAGAAAAAAAAGGCUUUAGCGUCGCGUCUAACGUCGGUACCACUGAGUAUUCUUGUUCUGACAAUUCUGAUGAUUAGAAGCACUUAUUUAAAAAAAAAAAAAAAACAAGGAGCAGGAGUGAAAAGCACUGUGGGCACGCCAAUAUGAUGUGAAAGCAAACCCUCCCCUUGUUUGUCCAAACUGUGUAAACUGUGAACAGUGGUGAGGCAAGUGGAGAAUGGUAUUGACGUGACUACGUUAUGUCGUUUUAUAUUCUUCAAUGUAUCACCCAUUGAUUUGAAAGUUGUUUUAUAUAUACGGUAUAUAUAUAAAUAUGACAUUGUUGUAGAAAAAGCACUGGCACGUAGCAACAAAAGCACAUGUUUUUUUUUUCUUUCUGUCAAUGGUUAUGCAGUUCCCCCUCACUUGGUAUAUAUUUUUAUUCUUACUUUUUAUAGGUGGUAAUUCUGUAUUUUCUGUGUAUUACCUUACGCUAUUCUGUAUAUCUCACUGUCUAUAUCUGAAUAAUAAUAAUAAUUAUCAUUUCUCUUUUAAAAGAAAAUAAUCACCGUGGUUGAGGGCUACGAGAGCCUUGUUUGAAUGGAGAACCCUGAAAGAACUACAAAUCCCAUGCAACAACAGCAGGUACAGAGCAAUAAUGUACAGUGGGUAAAGAAAGUCUACACAAUAUUGUUCAAAUGCCAAUUUUUGGUGAUGUAGAAAAAUUUGACCAAGUUGAAUCAGUUUUAAAAUGUUUUCCCACUCAAUGUGAAGUAAAGCCUGUACAAUUUGGGGAAAAAAUAUUUGAGAAGGUAAUGACAAUGGUGAUGAUGUGGUUGCACAAGUGUGCACACCCACCUCGAGGGAUGUUGCUGUGUUCAGAAUUUGAGUGUGUACACUUUUGCAUGAUCUCAUUUGGUUUUACGAGGUGAGUCUGGUUUUACGAGUUGUACUGGUCGAUUUAUGUUGCGCUCAUUUUUUGAGGUCACAAAAUCCUGGCAUUUGAACAGGGGUGUGUAGACUUUUUAUAAGCAUUGCAUAGCACAGCAUUGGGUCUCCAAGAUGUUUUUUUUUUUUGUUUGUAUAUUACGGUAUGUUGGAGAUCUCAUUGAAUCCUCCUCCCACCCGACCCUGUUAACUCCUCCAAUUGAGUUUGUACUCUCAAUGCUCCUUUUGAAUGGCAUCCUUUUACACUCAAGAGUCUAAUAUGAAUAAUAAUAAUAACAAUAAUAAAAAAAUCAAAACCUGA